AGGUUAAAACAUGCCAACAUUGUCUCCCUUGAGGACAUCUUUGAGAGUAAAACCCACCUCUACUUGAUUAUGCAGCUGUGAGUGAUCAUCCUGUCUUUAUUAUGUCCCUCUAUCUGCUAUCUCUCUCUAUUCUCCACUUCUACCCACGUAAACACUUUAUGUCCCUAUAUCAACUCACUCUCUGCAGCCUUCAGUUUAAAAACGUUCAUGAUUAUGCCUCUGCAAUGUGUGUGUUUCAGACUCCCUGCCUGCGCUGUCUCCCACGCACAGUGUCAUUCUCCAUGAAUUACUCUCUGAGCUCAGGGGCCUUUCUGUUGACUGAUCUCUGUCUCUAACUCGCCCCACACACACACAUACAGACAUACAGUCGCAUUAUCGUGCCUGCUGACAACCACUGGGGAAUAUGCCCUCACACCGGUAACCUUGCUGCCUACCACCCAUCUCUCCUCCUGAAAUGUCAGAAGGUGUGGAGUGAGUUAGAGACAGAGAGAAAGGGGGGAGUGAGGGAGAAAGAGAGAGUUUUUUUUGCUGUUGAAAACAGUGGGUGGUGAGAUGACGGAGGGGUGUCGUGUUCACUUUAGCAACACUGCCGUAAGGGGUUUGCACACAUAAAAAUCCCCUCUAUCUCUCUCUCACUCCCUAACUCUUUCUCCCUCUCUCUCUGGGAGGAAGCUUGACAGGGCUUUAGCUUGUUGUUAGCGCUGAAUCACAGAGCGCAGUGGUGGGUACAUUUAGGAAGAAGCGAUGCCUCCACCUAGUGGUGAUGUAGGCUUAUAGCAGGUUGAAGUUAGAAUAUAUAUUUUUUUACCUUUAUUUAACUAGGCAAGUCAGUUAAGAACAAAUUCUUAUUUACAAUGACGGCCUAGACCAGCCAACGCUGGGCCAAUUGUGCGCUGCCCUAUGGGACUCCCAAUCACAGCCGGUUGUGAUACAGCCUGGAAUCGAACCAGGGGGUCUGUAGUGACGCCUCAAGCACUGAGAUGCAGUGCCUUAGACCGCUGCACCACUCAGGAGCGAUUACCAUAUGUAGCAGUUAGAUGGCCAUAUGUAGCAGUUAGAUGGCCAUAUCUAGCAGUUAGCUGGCCAUAUGUAGCAGUUAGAUGGCCAUAUGUAGCAGUUAGCUGGCCAUAUGUAGCAGUUAGAUGGCCAUAUGUAGCAGUUAGAUGGCCAUAUCUAGCAGUUAGCUGGCCAUAUGUAGCAGUUAGAUGGCCAUAUCUAGCAGUUAGCUGGCCAUAUGUAGCAGUUAGAUGGCCAUAUGUACAUCACAAUCGUUCCUCUUUUCUGUCCAGGGUGUCUGGUGGGGAGCUGUUUGACAGGAUUGUGGAGAAGGGCUUCUACACAGAGAAAGAUGCCAGCAAGCUCAUUCAGCAGAUCCUGGAUGCUGUCAAAUACCUCCAUGACAUGGGCAUCGUACACCGCGACCUGAAGGUGAGCCUGGGUCAAGGGUCAGGUGGUGAGGACGACAUUUAGGUUGGCAUUGUAAGGGAAGGUCAAAUGGCAUGAAAGAGGAGAUUUCAGAGUCUUUAACAAUGGAGUCCUUUACCUUCUCGUUUCUGUUCAAUGACUGAAUAGUCACAAGACUGGAUGAGUGAUAGGUAUCCCCACUAUGAAAACUGCAACGUUGAAUUUUCACAAUUUUACCUUUUAGCAAUUAGUAUAUUACUAAUUACGAGAGGUUAUGUCGCUCUGGAUAAGAGCGUCUGCUAAAUGACUAAAAUGUAAUGUAAAAUGUUAAAGGGUGACCUUGUAGUAUGGAAAAUGUUUGUUGCCUACGCUAGUAUUUGUCCCAAGCAAAUGAGAUGAUUUGCUUUUACUCCUCUAAUGAGCUAAUUUGUUUACAGGCAGUUCAGCAGAGUGUAAACUGAUUGAUCAUUAGUUUGGAUAACUAAUUAUUUCCCCAGUGUGUGUGUGUGUGUGUUAAAUGUUUGUUGACAAUAAAGUUGAUUGAAUUCUGUGUCUUCUUGCCCAGCCGGAGAACCUUCUGUACGACAGUAUGGAGGAGGACUCUAAGAUCAUGAUCAGUGACUUUGGUCUGUCCAAGAUCGAGGGAUCUGGAAGUGUCAUGUCCACAGCCUGCGGAACACCAGGAUACGUGGGUAAGGAGGACUGGCACUGAUCAGUGCAUGCCUGUGUGUGUCUGUCUUUAUCUAUGUGUCAAGAGCAUGUGUUUUCUAUGAUUUAGUCUGUUUUGAGAGCAAGCACACACCCAGUGAUCAUGUCAGGCUACAUGUGUAAUGAUGCUGAUGAAAACACUGCUCUGAUAUCUUGCAGCCCCUGAAGUGUUGGCCCAGAAACCCUACAGCAAGGCGGUGGACUGCUGGUCUAUCGGUGUCAUCGCCUACAUCCUGUGAGUCAUGCGCUUGGACUUACUUUUUCACUUUAGUCUUUCUCCUACCAGUCUUAAAACAGAAUUGCUGUGUUACAUUUCUUUCCACUACAUUGUUUUUAACAAUCAACUCAUACCAGAUCAUGGAUGUAUUUUCAAGUAUAAAAGCAUUACAACAGGUCCCCUAACUCUCCCGUGAUGCCUUUACACUCUUAUUCUGACACAGUUUGUGUGGAUAUCCUCCGUUCUAUGACGAGAAUGACGCCAAGCUCUUUGAGCAGAUCCUGAAGGCUGAAUAUGAGUUUGACUCUCCGUACUGGGACGAUAUCUCUGAUUCAGGUACAGUAUACCUCUCCUCUCUUUUCUCUGCUGCCUGGAGAGAGAAACUAAACCUGGACACUACAGCAUAGUGCAAUACAGUAUGUAUAACAUUAUGGUGCCAUUAUUAGUUCCCCUUGUCAGCAGUUUCAUAUUAAUGGAAAUUACUCCCUAGGUCUAGGGUUUGUUAUGCUUUGAGUGUCUGCCAAGCUUUCAGUGUCUACCAAGUCGUCAGUGUGUAUGGGAUUAACCAUAAUACACUCACUGGCCAUAGAACAAUCACUGAGGCCCUGUGAGAUCACCAUUUCUUAGAGCCCCCACAUUUCUUAGUCCUGUAGGGAGUUUCUGAAGUCAGGUCAAAGGCAUGUGGACAUUUUGUUUUUUACUGUCAGUCUGGACAGUGUUUCUGCUGCAGUGAAGCCUAUUUUACUGUAGUAGCCUGGGAGCUAGUCUAUUUCUACUUCAGCUACCUUUUUGUCAUCUGUAAGUAGCAUUAUUCGAUACUGUAAAUUAAGAAAAAAGGCAUUGUCUUUGGGUGAAAUAUGUGAGUUGUAAAUGUGUGUCUGUUCAUGUGUUGUUUUCAGCCAAAGACUUCAUAGUUCACUUGAUGGAGAAGGACCCCAGGAUACGCUACACAUGUAACCAGGCUCUGCAGCACCCCUGGUAGUGUACACCAUCUUCUCCUUCACAAUACACACACACACACACACAGGCAUGCACAUAACACAACUUUAUUAUGUCGAGCAUCAUCUACUCAAUUUGUGCUUUUGCCAAGUUUUCACCUGUUCUUGUGACAACCAGCUGAACUCGUCCCCUCAUGUCUUUCUCUGUCCCUCAGGAUCGCUGGUGACACAGCUCUAGAUAAGAACAUCCAUGAGUCUGUCAGUGCCCAGAUCAAGAAGAACUUUGCCAAGAGCAAGUGGAGGGUGAGUUGCCUUUUCUGUGAAUCUGGCCCUCUUCAAAAUGCAAAGACAUUUUUGCUGUGUUUAGUAUAUAAGUAGAAUCCUGCAGCAUUCAGCUGUCUUUCAUUGUCAGUACAGUUAUCUUUUGCAUUUAUUAUGUAUCACUAUUAAACAUUCUGAUUUGAAUGUGUUCCCUCCUGCAGCAAGCGUUUAAUGCAACGGCAGUGGUGCGCCACAUGAGGCGUCUGCAGCUGGGCACCAGUCAGGAGGGCCCUAGCCAGACCACCUUGCCCUGCCCCCACCGAGCCCACCUGCUGCCCGAGGCCACAGAGACAGAGCACACCACCGGUCAGUGGGGCAAAGCACCGCCACACCACACAAGUUGGGACUAAUUGUAGCAAAACGUAAUUGAAUAAUUGGAGACACGACAUGAUAUUGUGAAUGCCACCCAUCCCCCCCCCCAAAAAAGACUUAAUUUAGCUGUUUUGUUCAACCCCAGUGGGUCUUGUUGCUAUGUACAGUAUGUUGUCAGUACCUUUCACGGUGUAUUAGGCUCAGUCUUACGUACACAAUCAGUCACACUGUCUCACUCAGUAACACUUUGAUAUGUAAUCCUUGUCUAAUGCCCCAUAGGGGACUGUUUGAAAUAAGCUAAUAUGAGGCAGAUUUAUAGUGUAGAUAGAAGCGUCUUGAGUUUUCAGAUCUCUGUGUGGUGAUCAUCCACUCUCUCUCUAUGUGUUCCAGAGUCUCAUUGUGAGGGGUGCUGCUCACAGAGUGCUGAUGGGGGGGCUGAGCGCGACCCCCUCUCCAACUGCACCUACCGCUGCCAUCCAACCAGUCGGGUCUGAUCCCUGCCCACCAAUGGCUUUCCCAUUUACCUCUGGAGACCAGAGAACUCCCCAGUCUGGCCAGGAAUACAGAGUUGUUCCAGUGCCCUGCCACCAGGGGGGGCAGGCGGGUUAUGAAUUCCAGGGUGGGGAGGAGGGAGGAGGGACUCGAUGCCAACAGAGGAGGUCAUUUGAACAGAUUGGGGGAGAGGAAACGGAGAGGAGGAGAACAAAGAGGAGGAGAGGUGUGGUGCCCAGAGUAAUCCUGGGUAUAAUUUUUUUUGGGGUGCUGGACAAACUGUUUUCUCAUCCUUUUAAAAUGUGUGUCUGCUUUUUGCAUUUAUGUACAUGCUGUUUUCUAUCUUAAUUAUCCUUCCCCUUUGACAACUUCUAGAAAGCAAAUCCACUAAUGAUAUCUGCAUGGUCAGAAGACAGGUCCCCUGCCUAUUGGCAACAUGUGUUUUAUAGCAUGAAGAGUCUAUUGCACAAUCAUGUAUGGUGGUAACCAUUGUGUUAUAGUUCCUGUUCUUCAGAUACACAUCUUUAUGAUGAUAAUAAGUUUAGCCCCUCAGAAUUAAAUUUGUAUGGCAUAAAGCCAUACAAUGCACAGAUUCAUUCACCUAAUACCACUGCUGGAGAAUCCAUGUGAGAAUACUCCAUCCAUUGGAGUAUAUAUUUUUUCUUCUUUUUUUUCUCAGCAUGGUUGUGUUUCACAACUGUAAGUUUGUGGUUGUGCUCCCCAGGCUUGUAACAGAAUAAGGCUUUCUGAUUUGAAAUAAUUCAGCACAGGGACCUCUUCUCUAUGGUGCCUUUAGGACAAUGUCAAAGGAUUCUUUUUUGGUAGCUUUUACAAAUCGAAAGAUAUAUCUCUGUACAGUUAAUGCAACAUUAGAGGUUAUUUCAUUUCUAUCAUUGUAUUUUUUAUAUAUUUCAUUGUGGUAAUUUAAUCAUUAAAAUACAGACUUACUUCUGUCUAGAUCUCUUUCCCAGUUGAGAAGUGUAAUACCUCAUGGGAGAUAGACUUACAUACACAGCCAUUCCUCUUAGUACUAAGAAUAGGUCUCAGUUAACCCACAGUUUUUACUCCUUGAUGUUUCUUAAAAGCCACACUCUUCCCCUUGGGGGGAAUAUGAUCCCGUUGAUAACGCUGCUCAAGACUUAAUCCAUUAAAGAUAUUACUGUAAGACCAUGGAGAAUGAAAUGAGGUCCGCCCUUUCCUCAACCCAAAGCAGGGUGUGGAUGAUUUUAACUGAAGACACAUUUGUAAGUGUAGAUACUUCUCUCACCAUGUAGAUACUACUAACGUUCCCACUUUGACUACUCUUCCAUGGCUCUUACCUCCAUUCAUAUGUUGGUUGUUUUCCGAGCCAUUGUAUCUGUACAGAGAGAAUUUGAAUUAAAGAAUGUAAAUAUACAUCUCAUUGUCUCACCUCAUCAUUUCUUCGAUCUCACUCAUCUUAA